CAAUAAUUUAUGAGAAUAUGUGUGUGUGUGUCUAUAUAUAUAUCCAGGCCGCUACAUCAAUUACUCGCUGUCGCCGAACUCCGCGGCCUUGCUCAGCCGCCAAGAAAGCCCUCGAUUUCCCUCACUCAAGGCUCCAACCUGCUGCUAUCUCCCUCCCCUUCGAGCUGUUUUUAGGCACUUAAGCUUCAUGGAUUACCAUCAAAGUGGAGUUGUACUAUGAGAGCAUAUUGUUGACAUCUACUGUUGGUGAACCAAAGUUGUCUAUUGAUACCUGAAUGCUGGAAGUUUUUGAGAACAGUCUGAAAUGCCUCGAAAGAUGUACAAUGAUGAGAUCAUUGCAGCAAAUACAUGCUCAGGUUUUCUUGAAUGGACUUGGCCAUGAAAAUUAUGUGGCAGUCAAACUUGUAUCUUUUUGCAGUAGAACAUUGGGAAAUAUAAGUUAUGCCCGCAUGAUAUUUGAUAGUCUCAUAAUUUCUGCAAAUGUUUUCCUUUGGACAGCCAUGAUAACAUCUUAUUCAAAUUAUCAAACUGAGGCAACGAGAGAGGCUAUUUUGAUUUAUAAAAUGAUGCAUCAACAUGGACCUCAUCCAAACCAUUUCACCCUGUCAUCUGUACUUAAGGCAUGCUCAUUUCUAAAGGCCAUAAGUGAAGGUAAUCAAAUUCAUGCUCAUUUGACUAAACUUGGAUUUAAUUCCUCCAUUUACGUGCAAACAACAUUGUUGGACAUGUAUACAAAUUUUGACUGGAUUCAAGAAGCUAGAAAGCUACUUCAUAAUAUGUCUGCAAGGAAUAUUGUGUCAUGUAAUACAAUGAUUGCAUGUUAUGCCAAGGUUGGUGACAUCCAAGCUUCUCGAGAAGUUUUCGAUAAGAUGUCCCAUAGGGAUUCGAUCUCAUGGAAUGCCAUGAUAUCUGGUUAUGCAGGUCAGGGAAAUACAUUGGCAGCUAGGGAACUUUUUGAUCAGAUGCCAGAGAGAGGAGUUAAUUCUUGGAAUGCGUUGCUUGCUGGGUAUUCUCGCAAAGGAGAAUGGUAUGAAGGUAUAGAACUCUUCAGGGCUAUGUGCUUGGGGCCUGUCAAACCUAAUCAUGUUACUAUGGCUAUAUUGAUGUCUGUUUGUGGUCAACUAGGAGCUUUAAAAAUCUCAAGACAUUUUCAUGGAUUCUUGACCAAAAACUGCAUUGACAUGAAUUGUUACGUGUUCAAUUCUUUAGUUGAUAUGUAUGCUAAAUGUGGCAGUGUCGAUGAAGCUUAUAGAGUGUUUUCUGAGAUGCCUGUCAAGGAUGUGGUGUCAUACAAUGUGAUGAUUGCAGGUUUUGCCAAUCAUGGACAUGAUGAAGAUGCCCUCCAGCUUUUUCCUAAGAUGCUGGAAGAAGGGAUCCAGCCUGAUGCAGUCACCUUCCUGGGCAUCUUAACUGCAUGCAGUCAUGCUGGUCUUGUAGAUGUAGGUUGCCAGUUCUUUGACUGCAUGAGCAAGGACUACAGAGUGGAGCGAUCAGUGGACCACUAUGCAUGCAUGGUUGAUCUAUAUGGUCGAGCAGGAUUAAUUGAAGAGGCAUAUGACUUGGUAAAGACCAUGAUGGCAGAACCGCAUGCAGGUGUCUGGGGAGCCCUGCUCAACGCUUGCAGGACCUAUUGCCAUCCCGAGGUUGGCAAAAUUGCAGCAAGGGAAUUAUUUAGAAUUGAGCCAGGAAAUCCUGGUAAUUAUGUUCUCCUAUCUAAUAUGUAUGCUAGAGCUCGUUUGUGGGAUGGUGUUACAGAGGUUAGAUGCUUGAUGAGAAGAAAGGGGGUGUCUAAAACAGCAGGAUGCAGUUGGAUUGAGGUGAACGAUGCAGUUCAUGAAUUCUUAAUGGGCGACGCCACUCAUCCACAGCAUGAGGACAUCUAUGCGGUACUAAGGCAUCUGUCUUUACUUUUGGUAUAGGAAGGAGUAAUUAUAUUCAAAGUUCAAGGUGACUAGCGGGGUACAGAACUGACUUCAUGGGUUAUUUACCUGAUUUUUGGAUGCAGCUGUAUAUGAGCUGUUAGUUUGCAAGGAACUAGUAACUAAUAAUUUUUGGAAUCUGGCUCAAGUCUUUGUAAGAUUAUAGGCAUUUUUCACACUAAACUGUAAUAUGUUGGUUGCUGUUAAACAUGAUUACAACCAUAAAAUGUGAUCAGGGAUAUCCAAAGCAACCUUCUGCAUUCUUUCUUAUCAGAAACAGGUUAUACAUGGAGGAGAAAAAACUUUUGAAUCUCAUAGAUAGAGCAAGAUGAAUCAUGGCACCAGCCAGUACCCUCAUGCAUAUUAGGGUUAUUUGUAUCUGUGUCGCCAUUAUGGUGAGGGAGGGUGUCUAAGAAUUCGUGGUUGUUAAGUGGAGGGGAGAACAGCUUGUUCCUGCUGACAGUGAAGCAGUUUGUCUCCUGUAAAUCUAUGUAACAUAUUAACUGUAAGUCUGUAACAGUUGUUUACAAAACAAUGUAACAGUUUCCCAAAUGGCUGAAGAGGCAGUUCCCUUUGUAGAAUGUUGGUGCUGUGAUUCUUGGUUUGAGCCCCUAAUUUGUGCUUUCAUACUUCAUUGAAGAGGAUAUGACUCCAUGCGUUGUUGAUUCUGUAGCUCAUGUGUUUCAACUCUAUCUAUCAGAACGACAAAUGAGUUCCGAGGUAUGGUACAAGACAUCACAGCAAGAAGCAGUAUAAUAGAAAUCUUAGGGGCAAAUCAUGCAAAAAUUCUGGAAGGAAUCUUCUUGUCAGUCUCGGCACAUUGGGUAACAGGAAGACUCGUUAGGCCUACUCCUUAAGCAAACCAUGGAUGACAGAAUUGAUACGAGAUUGAUGGUCUUCUUAGGCACCAAAGGUUUUACACUCUCACGAUGAGGUAUCCCGUGAUUUUUUUAAGAAAGAAGUGAGCAUAUUGUAGACAACCUCAGAACAACAUAAGCUGCGAUUCUUAUUCUUACUACCUUAGAGAAGAGCAUUUAUUUGGUUAGUUAACAUGGCUCUAUAUGUGCCAGCGAGAUUUGGAUUCUGUAGCUGAUGAAGGGUUAAGCUUGGUGGCCGAUGCAAACUGGUGCCAGGGGCCAUCAGCGCUAGUAAAAAAAUCAAAUUCCUGACAAAUUUUUGAACUGUGGCAGAGCACUGGAAAACAAUGACAGUAGGACAAAUGUCUAUGCAGUGUCCUAUAAAUGUAACUGACCAAGAUAACUAAAUUAUGAUAUUGGAUAAGGAUAAUGAUGGAUUGGGCUGGGUUUGAGCCUAACAUUUUGUUUUUGAAUAUGUUUCAUCUCAGGCUCGACUUAAGAUGGUGUAAAAUUAGCCGUUAUUUUUGCCUGUAAGCAUCCGUAUGGUUGGAUAGCAUGUAAUUCAUGGCAGUGUCAUUACACAAAAAAUUCGGGAACACUUUCUUUA